GCCGGCGGAUCCACUAGGACGUGCCUGUUCUCCAACCAGGAGUCAGCGAAGGACCAGCGAAGGAUUAUCGAGAAGGCGGCGAGGGACAGGCGAAUAUCUAGACGAGCGAGGCAUAAACCCGGCGUUUUCAGAGAUGACGUACAACUGGGCGUGGUUGCUGCUGUUCUCGCUGGUCUCCAUAGGCACGUGUUUGCCUAUAGAAGAUGUGAAGAAAGUGGAUCAGGUCAUGAAACCGAAAUCAAAACGGGCGCAGGAGAUGCUGAUGUUCGGCAAUCAGCAAAAUCGUCGAGCCAAUGCCGCUAGCGAAUCUUUCACGUCAAACGCAGAGAAACGGACCCUCGCUUCUUCGGGACUGGGGAGCCUAAAAGCGGCUCUCGCCGAGGAAACCAACAGCAAACCAACUCAACCGAAAUCGUCGUCCAGCAACGCCAUGUACGAACAAGAGACAUACGCACCGUACGACGCAAGUUACGACUACGGCAAAGUCUUGGUAAACGAGGUCGAGGAGGACGGACCGCGCGUCUGGGACGUGCCGCCGUAUUCGCGGUACUACACGAGCGAGGAUCGGCGCAAGAGGUCGGAGAAGUCCACCGCAACCGCGCGGCCCGCUACCACGCUGCAACCUCCAGCCAGCUCGUACCAAACGCCGACGCCUACGCAGCAACCGGUGCAGGCCCAAGUUAAGAGGAGCAUCCCGUUCUACCAGGAACCGCGAUACAAGCGAGAGUUGCCUCUAGACAUCGAUCCCGAGGACGUGUUGGCCAUUCUGUCACUGUGGGAGAAUGAGCGGCGCAACGGAAAUUGGCGCAAAUAUGCCAACGAGGAGUACGAGAAUAUAAUGGACGACAAUGGUUUGCUUGCAGACGAGGAGGACCCUAGAAACGCUCUUCCAUGGUUGGACACGCCGGUGUAUCCCUCGAGGCACUACGCUGCUGACACAUUGUCACCCUCUGACAUCGGAAUAGUCCGAACUCACCCGCCCAGUUAUUACGAGCAGUUGGGGAACCAGUUAGAUCAGCAGUACGGAGGUACCACUCAGUAUGGCAAUCCCCAGUACGGCAGCUCGCAGUACGGCAAUUCGCAAUACGGUUUCGUUUAUCCUCAACGUGCCUACUACCCUCAGGAGAAGAGGUUCAUGGUGUCUAAGAAACGAUCACAAAGCUACGAUCCGUAUUCCGCUGCUCAACUGCAGCUGAGCUCGCAGCCGCGAAGCUAUCAGUAUCCCCAUCGCGUGGUUUAUUAAAUAAUCUGCGACGUUUGGAGCUGCGCGAGGAAAUCAGGAAUCUUUCAAAUCCAUCAGACAAAACGGGGAAAGGAGAACUAAGCAGCUGACGUUUCCGGGAUCCGGCACUCUCUUUCUCUCUCUCUCUUUCUCUCUCUUUCGACGGACGGCCCUCGCUGUCGCUCCUCUUCGGCUAUUCCUCCCUUUCUCUCGCAGGAGGCGGAACAAAGGCAGCGCGAUGGCGACGACACAGAUUUGUUUGUUCUAAGGAACACGGUGCUCACUGAGGAAAGCUUUCCCCAGGUCGCAAGAGCCGCGCCGAGGAACCGAACGACAUUGGACACUCUGAAGAGACAAAUCUACUCCGAACUCCCCGAAACACUUCGGAUAUACGCGAGACGACAAGUACAUGUAUCCAGGAUGCAGUUGAUCUCGUAGCAAGUGUUCCUCCGCGAUACCGAGGGCGAACACACUCGGACGGGUCCCUUCAGUAAAUGAAUUCUACCAGACAUAUCAGAGUCGACGACUCAAUCCGAAAUAAUUCGCGGUAUUACUUAUCGAGAUCAAUCAAGCGGUCUCGUCGAGUUCCCAAUCCGGAGAUCGCGAUGACUAAAAAUGACAAUGGUAUCAAUCGAAGCUCCGGCGCGCUCUUGCCACUUGCUCGCUUAAUGGUAACGUUACGAUUUUAAGCUCCUUUUGCGUGUAACGCGGGCGACGCGCCCGUUAAUGACGCUGCGACUGAAUGAUUAAACAAUCGUAGUUUCGAAUCAAAUUAUCCUCAGGCUUGAUUUCGAUAUAACUUCAUGACUGAUAUAUAAUAUAUAUAAAUAUAUAUAUAUAUACACACACAUAUGUAUGUACAUGAGGCGAUAUAUAGUUUUGUUCGCGAGAUUUAGCAUGACUAGAAUAGAUCUACUCGUGUAAAACGUCAAGAGGAUGAGAAGAAUCGGAGGGACAGAGAAAACGGAGGCGAGAAACGUUUCAGAACAAAAUCUUCUAUCGAUGUAUACGUGUAUAAGACGGGAAAAGAGAAACGAAAAACUCGAAUGAAGAACUCGUUGAGGGAAAUUUCGCGCUUCAGUGCCACGUGCCUACACGGCAGGUCGAGGAACGCAUUGAAGAGUCGAAGCAUCUCCGCGAAACUUCGGUAGCUGCGCCAAAUGCAGAGUGUCAAAAAUUACGUGUACCUUACUAAUUGAGGAGGCGCGAAUGAAACGUGUUUAAAUCGAAAUCGUUAAUUAAAUGUAAAGAGAUUUUAAACGAUCGAACCGCGUCUCGUCACAUUUUACUCAUCCGCAUCCCUGGAAAGCCAGAAACGCGCAAACGCGAAUUUUAUGGGCGUAAAUAAUAAUAAUACGAACGAGUUCUCGUGAGGUUUCCUUCGAACCAAACACGGCCUUCCAUAUUCAACACUCCGAGGAGACUGAACAUCUCUAUGUAAUUAAUUAAUAUAGUACAUUACACGCGGUUUUGUAAACGAUGCAUGUAUACUUUUCUGUUCUCUCGUCCAUCUCUUGAUUGAGCAUCUUCAAUUAAUUGAUUGAUACGAUUAAUUGAUUGCAGAUACAGGGCGGCUCAUGUUUCCUGCGUUACUUCUUACGAUAUAUAUCAAAUAAUUUCAUAUUGAUCUUUUUUCCAGCGAAAGCUCUAUAACAUGAGUGCCAUGAGUUUUUGUAGAAUACAUGUCGAAAAGUGCCCAACAACGCGAUCGCGCUUCUGUGUUUCAUGCUGAUGAAUACCAGUCGAGUUUUAUCCAAAAAAUUAUCAAGUUACCCUUUUUUAUGUUUUCAUAUACUAAAAGUUGUUUAAAUUUAAUAAAAUCCCUUCAAAUUAUCCGAUGAAUUUGGACGCAUUAUUAAGUCUACUGAGGCAAUGCGGUGGCACUUUCAACGAGAAGCAGCAGCGGCGCGAUUCCAUGGCAUUCAAAUGGCGAGAGAAAUCAUUUAUAAUUCUUUUCAUUUAUUGUUUAUGUAUUUGUAUAAAUUUCGCUGCAGUGAUAUAUAAGUUUCGUCCGGUACAUUCAGUAUUUGCUAUGUCGCGAAUUAAUGUUACAUAAGUGGACGUAAAUGUUAUCGCAAAUGGAAAAAAAAA